AUGGAGAUGGAGAAGAUAGCAUCGGAAGAGGAAUUUGAAAAUUUGGGAAAAAAUAGAGAUAGCAACAGAUGGGUUAAAGUGUCUUCAAAAUCCAAUUGCGAAUGUUUGGAUCGCAUCAUUUUGAUGCACAAUAUUGGUGAUUUUCGUCUGAUUUCCAGCCCAAAUUAUCCAGAUCCAUACUGUCCGAAAAUGGAUUGUAAAUGGCACAUUGUGGCACCCAGUAAUAGCUCAAGGAUCCAAUUCAGUGCCGACAAUUUGGAUUUACGGAAAAACAUGGAUGAAAUUGUUUUCUACGACUAUUGGAGCCAAAAAUUAUUAGAAAACAAGACGGAGAACUAUAGGUGUUCCGGAGACGAUUUAUGCUACUACACUAGCCAAUUUCAAUACCUAACUAUUAGAUUCAAGUCUUCUCCAAUGGAAGAUAUCGAUAAUUUCGGAUUUCAAGCAGUUGUCACUAUUCGGGAUAAGUUUGGAGAAAUUCAGAAAUUCAGAAAUUUAAAUUCUGAACUUCUGGAAUUCUGA